CAGCGUUAGAUGAAGGAGGCUGCAGACAUUAAAUGCUGCAAAAAUGCUGCAUCAAGCCACUGCCAAGAGUAUGACACCAGCUUAUGCAGUCUCAUGGCAUUGAAUGAAAGUGCUUCAGUUUUGGUAUUGAGUGAUGCAAUGAUAAAGUGCGCUAAGUUCACAAAGAUAGUUCUUCCUAAAAUUGCAAAGCAGGAGAUUAAUAUUUUUGAGAAAAGCCAAACAAAUUGUAUUAGAAGUGUAAAUAAUUUGUACAGUGGUGGCAUUGCAAGCAGGCAGAAGUACAAUUCAGUAAGGUCAUUAUUAAUGAUGUGCUUAGAUGAUGCU